CACUUGAAGCAGCAGUAGUGGUGAUUGCAAGAUUACGUAGUUUGUCAGACACCUGAGCUUACUCACCCACUCCCCAUCGUCACCACUCUGCGCGUCCGCCACAAUCAUUCUCAUUUCUUUACCACUAUAACAAAACCACAAUCAAUCCCAUUUUGUUUUCUUCUCUUCCCAUUUUAUCGUCACGCUUUUUAUUCCUAGUGUUGAAUCGAUGGGCGAAUACUGAAGGAAUAACCAAAUGAGCGGCCCGGCGGUGCACCCGGUGGAUGCUCCUCCGCCGACCACGGAGGCCGCGCCUCCCAGAAUUAGGAUGAAAGAUGUUCAGGGAAUGUCCGGGACCACCGGCGCUCUCUUCCUCCGCCUCUGCCAAUUCGCCUUCGCUGCCAUUUCUCUGUGCGUUAUGGCCACCACCUCCGAUUUCCCAUCCGUCACCGCCUUCCGCUACCUUGUUGGUGCUGUUGGUUUGCAAAGUAUAUGGAGCCUGUCUCUGGCCCUCACUGAUGUAUAUGCUCUCAUGGUGAGGCGAAGUUUCAGAAAUUCGGGAGUUGUCAGUUUAUUUGCUAUUGGUGAUGGGAUCACUUCCACUCUGACGUUCGCUGCAGCCUGUGCUUCAGCUGGUAUCACCGUCCUCAUCGGAAAUGAUCUUGAUAAAUGUAAUCUCAACCACUGCACAAGAUUCAUGUCGGCUACAGCCAUAGCUUUUCUGUGCUGGUUUGCUGUGUCUCCUUCAUUUCUGCUGAAUUUUUGGUCUCUGGCUUCUCGAUAGCAUGUUAUACAAGCAUUGCAAAAUAAGGAGUAUUGCGAGACUUGAUGAUUGAUUGCAUUUUGCUUUCUGCGCCCUUUUCUGACUCUGUUGGUCAAGCAAAUAGAUAGAUCCCUAUCACUGAUUCGGUGGUUUUAUAGAAUUCGUGGAAAAGUUACUGUUUCCCUAUCGAAUGGUGAUUGUCGAAAAUAGGUGUGUUUAGAUCUUGGUUCCAGUUUUGUUUUAAAAUCUGGUCACAGUGUGAAACAGUGUUGUUUUGAACAUACAUUUAGUUUUUAUUUGGAACGGAAGUUUGGAUGAGAAAUCAUCUGCAGUAGAA